AUGGUGGCGGCGCUAGAGGAACAGGCAGAUACAUCCAAGGCCUGGUUGCCGGAUGCAAACUGCCUGUUUGCAGUUUUUCCAGAUCUAAAAUCUGUUGUUUCUCUUCGUAUCACGGGAGAUGUGGAUAGUGAAGCUCAAUUCGGAGAGUUUCCAUGGAUGGUGGCUAUUAUUAAAAAGGACACUGUCAGUCCAAGUCAGACGCUCAAUAUUUACCAAUGUGGAGGUUCAUUGAUCAUCCCCCAGGUUGUACUCACAGCUGCCCACUGUGUCGUAGGGAAGACUGGUCUGAGCGUGAGGCUUGGAGAGUGGGAUACCCAACACAAGUCAGAGCCCCUUCCAACCCAAAAUAGAGUUGUGAAGGAUGUUGUCAUUCAUGAGGGAUACUACGGUGGGGCACUUUACAAUGAUAUUGCUCUGCUCUUCCUCGAGAUCCCGGCUGAUAUUGCUGAAAACGUUGCAACCAUCUGCUUGCCAGAGCAAGAUGAGAACAUGGACAACCGUAACUGUGUGGCCAGCGGCUGGGGAAAAGAUGUUUUUGGCAAGGAAGGAAAGAAUCAGGUAAUUCUGAAGAAGGUAGAUUUGCCGAUCGUUCGAAGAGAUCAGUGUCUCGAGUCUCUGCGCCAGACUAGACUGGGGCGACACUUCAAACUGCAUGAAUCAUUUAUCUGUGCAGGAGGCAUUGUAGGCAAGGACACCUGCAAGGGUGAUGGAGGCAGCCCCCUAGCAUGUCCCUCUCGUGAUAACCCAGCAGUAUAUGUCCAGGCUGGUAUUGUAGCUUGGGGUAUUGGCUGUGGUACAGACACACCAGGUGUUUACGCAGAUGUUAGCCAUUUCCGCAACUGGAUUGAUAACAAACUGAGCAUAUUCGACAUAGACGUUGACUGGAAAGAUGACACCAAUGGUCCUAGAUCCAUGAUCCACUCCAAACGUUAAAUCAGUGCAGACAGUUCCGUCAUAUAAAAUUUUCCAGUCAUCUAAAAUCAAUUUGGAACAAAUCACAUAGAUAUAAAUACAAGGUUAUGGUACAUCUAGCUAAAAACUUCCAAAAUUGUAGCUGGUCCAGGCCUGGUCACCGAACAAAGUAAUAACUGGACAUCAUGUGAUCUGAGUAUACAUCACGAUUUGCACGUAUGAAUCAGUUUUAUCGUUGUAAUGUAACUAGUUGUUUCUAUUAUUAUAAAUAAAAUAUUUUUGUCAUGAA